AUGCUGAAUAGUUCGAAAAAAGUCCAUAACGUUGCUUUGCUGGGUGCCAGUGGAGGAAUUGGACAACCACUGGGGCUUUUACUGAAGCAGAAUCCGGCUAUAGCUAAGUUAGCUUUAUAUGAUUUGGUAAAUACUCCAGGUGUUGCGGCUGACUUGUCGCAUAUCGACUCACCUGCCAAGAUUAGUGCACAUACCGGAGAAAAGGAGCUCACUGGAGCAUUAGAAGGAGCCGAUAUUGUUGUAAUCCCUGCUGGAGUUCCUAGAAAACCUGGAAUGACAAGGGACGACUUAUUCAAUACAAAUGCUGGUAUUGUGAAAAACUUAUGUGAGCAAGCAGCUAAAACAUGUCCUAAAGCAUUCAUGGCAAUAAUCACUAACCCAGUAAAUUCCACUGUACCGAUCGCAUAUGAAGUGUUUAAGAAGUGCGGAGUGGAUGCGUCAAAACGUAUAUUUGGAGUAACGUAUCUCGACAUUGUUCGGUCACAAUGUUUCAUUGCCGAGCUUAAGAGGUUGGACGUGACAAAAACGAACAUUCCUGUAAUUGGUGGCCACUCAGGUGUAACAAUUAUCCCAUGUUUAUCUCAAACUAAACCCUCAUGUACUUUUACUGAUGAAGAAGCAAAAAGCUUAACAGCUCGCAUUCAAGAUGCAGGCACUGAAGUAGUGAAGGCCAAAGCUGGAGGCGGUUCUGCUACGCUUUCAAUGGCUGUAGCAGCAGCUCGAUUUGUAGAAGGUCUUGUGGAUGGAUUAAAGGGCAAAAACAAUGUCAAGUGUGCUUAUGUACGUUCUGAUGCAGUACAGGGACUUGAUUACUUUUCGACGCCCUUACAGUUGGGACCAAAAGGUGUUGAAAAGAUUCUUGGAGUUGGGUCAUUGAACUCCUUCGAACAGCAGCUGCUGGAAAAGGCAAUUCCGGAGCUGAAGAAAAAUAUUGCUAAAGGAGUGAACUUUGUUAAAGGAUAG